CAAACAUCUUGCUGAGCUCUUCAAAAUUUAGGACAGAUCAAUAUGUGAAAACAAACGUUCCAGGUGUCAUGUAAAUCAUCGAAAUUACACUUAAUUGUCUACAUUACGUAAUAAGAUAUUUGUUACCGUGAUUAAUGAUAAUUUUUCAACCAUAUUGAUGCACAUUGAAAACUGAUAAAAGGUUAGGUUGGUUGAAAUUUCAACUUCAAUCACAAAUCUUCAAAUCAAUAUUUUUUCUCCCAAAAAAUUAGGGACUCAACUUUCAACAAAAAGCAAAUGAAAUACAGUAUGUAGACCAUUGUUGAAAUGGCAUCAUAUAAACUAAUAAUAGAACAAAAGGAUAUCAUAUAAAAUUCAUAUACAAAACUCCAAAUAUGGAGGAUAUGGAUGAUAAUAUGGGUGAAUAUGGUCAACAGUGCUCGGACCGCAAUGGCUAUGAUGACCAGGUCGAAGGGGAACAAAAUGAUGUCUACUCACAACUUGCACAGCGUGAGGAAGAUUUGAUGCUUGCUGCUGAAUUAGGAAAGGCUUUACUGGAGAAGAACGAAGAACUACAACGUCAAAAUGAAGACCUCACUAAGGAAUACACACAAAAAAUUGAGAAUCUCACCCAAGAAAAAUAUGAGUUGAAAAUCAGGCUAGAAAGUGCAGAGGGAGAAUACAAGAAUACAGUGAGGGAACUACAGAAUGAUAUAGCUAUACUGAAGCAACAGUUAGAGGAACAACAAUACCAUAGUAAAAUCAGCGAGAGAGAGAAAAUCCAAAUUGUGCAGCAACUUCAGCAGCAAAAUGACAGGUUAAAUGAACAGCUCCGUAUGGUUGCUACCGAGGGCACUCAGUUCCGCCAACAGGUGGAGACACUGAGCGGGCAGGUGAAUGCACGGAGGGCAUCUAUGAAGGAGCAUGUUAUCCAACUCGAAAGCCUAAAAGAUGAGAUUAACUUACUAACAUCGAGAAACCAUGAGUUGGAGAGACGUCUGCAAGUUCUGCGAGAAGAACGAGAAAAUCUCGCCUGUAGAAUGGAAGGAGCACAGGAGAGAAUCCAGUCUCUCGAGGUGCAUUGCAACCAAAAAGAUCAGGAGGUUGAAUCUCAACAAUCUGAAAUCACCCAACUCCACAACAUAAAUGCCACCCUCCACGAAAAGUUGGAAGAGCUGUCUCUACAGUCACAAAAUGAACCCUGCGCGCAGAGCGGUGGCAGCUCGUUAUUUGAAGAACUAGGACAGGCAAGCUGCAGCUCCCUCUAUGGAGAAAUGAUGGAACCAUCUUUUCAAGAGGAAGAAUCUUUGGGAAGAGGUGGAGAUCGCCCAAACACACUUCUUGCAUCUGGCGUAAACUUUGUCGCAUCUCCAAUGUUGUUUGAGGAUGACAUAGAAUGUGACGAUGAUGACAUCACACUUGCUGCUGGGCAAUCUACAUAUAUGGCAGACAAUGGAGAAAUGGUUGCCAUGGCGAUGACCCCUGACAGUCUAAUGCCAGCAAGGUCAAGGUCACAUGAGAGUUCAAUGACUCCUGAUAGUCUGGGAGAGAGGCAGCUGAUGCAACUACUGCAAAGCCCUGAUGAGGUAAAACAGGACUAUGUUGUCAUAUACAAGCAGCUUAAGCGAUUACUACGGGACUUGAGAGGCAAAAGUCAGGGGGAGCCUACUCUGGAAGAUGCACAGUUGUAUGACGUCAGAGCCGACAGUAUUCAAGGAGCUAUAUCUGACCUCAGGGGGCUACUGGAGUCGAUUGCAAGACAGAAGCUUGAAGAGGAAAAUGCACAGCAAGAAUCUUCAACCCAGGAAUCUCAACAUUCCCAGAAUGCAAUAUCUCAUGGAAACGCUGAAGCUGAACUUCGUCAAAAGUACGAAGAAAUGAAACAUGAAAUUGUUGCUAAAGACGAGGCUUUGAAACUCAAGACACAAGAAUUGUCAGAUCUUACACAGAAGUUGUCCUUACAACAGAGGGAGUGUGUUCAGCUGAAGGAAGAGCAUGAUCUGAUGACAGCCAGUGGGGUGUCAUCCUUGAAUCGGGAUUGUGUAGUUGAACAGGCAAAACGUGAAAGAGAUGAGGCACUCGACAAGAGAAACCAAAUGGAGAUGGAGCUAGCACAGGCAAAGUUGGACCUGAUGUCUAUGGAUGAACAGCUGAUGGAGGCAAUACAACAGAAAAUAGAGUUAUCUCAACAGUUAGAACAAUGGCAGAUGGACAUGCAGCUUCUCCUGGACAACCAGAUCGUCCAUGAACGAAUAACACAAGAUUGCAAAAAAGACUCUGAAUUGAAACAUUCUACUGUUAAACCUAAAUCAACAUUUUUAUUUCGGAAACGGAGCACAUCAAAAUAG